UGGCCGAUAUUUCGCGUGAGGAGAUGAAUGAAAAUGGCGACUAGACGAUCGUUGCUUCAAAACGAAUCGUCGUCUCCUUCUCAUGCCAAUGAUCCAGGCAGGGAUCUGUUUGAAGCUUGUAGAAACGGAGAUCUAAACAAAGUAAAGAAACUGGUGAAUCACCAUAAUGUCAAUGCGAAAGAUACAGCGGGAAGAAAGUCAUCUCCUCUUCAUUUUGCAGCUGGUUUUGGGAGGAAGGAUGUGGUAGAGCAUUUAUUGGAGUGUGGGGCAAGUGUCCAUGCCAAGGAUGACGGGGGACUGAUCCCCCUACACAAUGCCUGCUCCUUCGGGCACGCCGAGGUGGUGCAGCUUCUACUGAGGAGUGGGGCGGACGCCAAUGCCCGAGACAACUGGAAUUACACCCCCCUACACGAGGCUGCUAUCAAAGGGAAGAUUGAUGUCUGUAUUGUUCUGCUGCAGCACUGUGCUGAUCCCAAUAUCCGGAACACCGACGGAAAGACGGCCCUGGACCUGGCUGAUCCCUCCGCCAAGGCUGUACUUACCGGAGAAUACAAGAAAGAUGAGUUGCUGGAAGCAGCCCGCAGUGGAAAUGAGGAUAAGUUGAUGUCCCUCCUGACCCCUCUCAAUGUCAACUGUCAUGCCAGUGAUGGGAGAAAGUCCACACCACUACACCUAGCUGCUGGUUAUAACAGAACUCGAAUUGUACAACUGCUGUUACAGCAUGGAGCUGAUGUUCAUGCUAAAGACAAAGGGGGACUUGUUCCACUUCAUAAUGCUUGUUCAUAUGGACAUUUUGAAGUUACUGAAAUGUUACUUAAGGCUGGAGCCAGCGUGAAUGCAAUGGACCUAUGGCAGUUCACUCCCUUGCAUGAGGCUGCCUCCAAAUCCCGAGUAGAAGUUUGUUCGCUUCUUCUAGCGCACGGGGCUGACCCAACACUGGUUAACUGCCAUUCAAAGAGUGCUAUUGACGUUGCUCCCACCCGAGAGCUCCAGGAACGACUCCAACAGGAGUUCAAAGGUCAUUCACUGCUAGAAGGAUGCCGACAGGCGGAUGUAGCCCGAGUGAAGAAAUACCUGGAAGUAGUCAACUUUAAGCACCCAUACUCCGGGGACACAGCUCUGCACUGUGCAGCAGCUUCACCUUUUCCAAAGAGAAAGCAAGUUGUUGAAGCUCUGAUCAGGAAAGGGGCAAACCUCAACGACAAAAACAAAGAAUACGUAACUGCUCUCCACAUAGCUGCUGACAAAGCUCACUAUGAUGUGAUGGACGUUUUACUGAAACACGGUGCCAAGGUGAAUGCACUAGAUGGUUUAGGACAGACUGCCUUACACAGAGUAGCCCAGCAAGGAAACAUGCAGGCAUGUCGACUUCUCAUGUCCUACGGAGUGGACUCCUCUAUUGUCUCAUUACAAGGAUACACUGCUGCCCAGCUAGCCACAGAAAACAUCCAGAAAAUGCUCAAAGAGGACCCACCGGUAGGAGGAACAGACGUCGAUAUUCAGCUGUUGGAAGCAGCCAAAGCUGGAGACAUGGAAGUAGUCAAGAAACUGAUAUCCCAGAACCCCCACUCGGUGAACUGUCGAGAUCUGGAUGGCCGCCACUCCACCCCUCUCCACUUUGCCGCGGGAUACAACCGAGUGGUGGUGGUGGAGUAUUUACUACAGCACGGGGCCGACGUCCACGCCAAGGACAAGGGUGGUUUGGUCCCACUUCACAAUGCCUGCAGUUAUGGUCAUUUUGAAGUCACAGAACUCUUAAUAAAGCAUGGUGCUUGUGUAAAUGUGGCAGAUCUCUGGAAGUUUACCCCAUUACAUGAAGCUGCUGCCAAAGGGAAAUUUGAAAUCUGUAAAUUAUUGUUAAAACAUGGUGCUGACCCAAACAAAAAGAACCGGGACGGUAACACACCUUUGGAUCUAGUCAAAGAGGGCGAUCAGGAUGUGGCAGACCUUCUCAGAGGGGAUGCUGCUUUACUAGAGGCUGCCAAAAAGGGAAAUCUAGCCCGAGUUCAAAAAUUAGCAUCACAAGAGAACAUAAACUGUAGGGAUACACAAGGCAGAAAUUCCACACCACUGCACUUAGCAGCUGGAUAUAACAAUGUAGAAGUAGCAGAGUUCUUGUUAGAAAAUGGUGCUGAUGUCAACGCCCAGGACAAGGGGGGUCUGAUUCCACUCCACAAUGCCUCGUCUUAUGGGCAUGUGGAUAUUGCAGCCCUGUUGAUCAAGUUUAACACAUGUGUGAAUGCGGUGGACAGAUGGGGAUUUACACCUCUACAUGAAGCUGCCCAGAAGGGCAGAACACAGUUGUGCUCUUUACUGCUGGCUCAUGGAGCUGACCCUACCAUGAAAAACCAAGAAGGUCACACACCUUUGGAUUUGGCCACUGCUGAUGAUGUACAUGCUUUACUACAAGACGCAAUGCCCCCUGCUGUUCAACCUCCCUCUCUCACAAAAUCCAGUAUUAACUUGGGUAACACAAGUGAUGCCAGCUCUAACAACAGUUUAACAUUCAAUGCCUCGGACCUUGGGGUCGCGGCCGGAACCUCUGGCACCUCAGCCGCUGGGGCCUCAAUGUCGAUCGGCGCGGAAGGGUGUAACAUGGAGCGCACCAUGGCAGAGGGUGAACGGGGAAUAGACAGUAUGAGUGUGUCUGCAUUCCUGAACAGUGUGGGAUUAGAACAGCUUGUGUGUGUGUUUGAAAAGGAACAAAUUAGUAUGGACAUUCUUGUUGAAAUGGGACACGACGAGUUGAAGGAAGUGGGAAUUAACGCGUAUGGACACCGACACAAAAUUAUGAAGGGACUAGAAAAGUUAGCAGCCAGCAAAGCGUCAGCUUCAUUGCCUGCAGUGCCAACACAAGGAACAGUGCUAGUUGAUCUGACUACAGAUGACCCGGAGUACAUCUCUGUCGAUGAACAGAUGCAGAGCACUCUUCGAGAGCACAAGGACAACGUAGGAGGAUUAUUUAAUAGAUAUAAUAUAUCUAAGAUCCAAAAAAUCAGCAACAAACGAUUAUGGGGUAAAUACUGUCACCGACGAAAAGAGGUGGCAGAAGAGAAUCACGGCCACGACAAUGAGCGACUACUGUUUCAUGGCUCUCCCUUUAUCAAUGCCAUUGUACACAAAGGCUUCGAUGAGAGACAUGCCUACAUUGGUGGAAUGUUUGGAGCAGGUAUUUAUUUUGCUGAGAAUUCGUCCAAGAGCAACCAGUAUGUGUAUGGCAUAGGGGGAGGGACAGGAUGCCCUGCCCAUAAAGACAGAUCCUGUUAUAUUUGUCACAGACAGCUGAUCCUAUGUCGGGUGACACUUGGCAAGUCCUUCCUACAGUUUAGUGCAAUAAAGAUGGCCCACGCUCCACCAGGCCAUCACUCCAUCAUUGGGCGCCCCAGCAGUGGUGGCCUCAUGUUCCCAGAGUAUGUUGUGUAUAGAGGAGAACAGGCAUAUCCCGAGUACCUGAUCACCUUCCAGAUCUGUAAACCAGAGUCCCCCGAUAAUUCUGCAGCUCCAACCCCCAAGAAAUCCUAACCAACAAAACAGUUGACCACUCAACCAAGAGAUACCAACCUGCCCAGAAAAUUGGCACUAACCAUGUGAUUUCCUUGUCUCGCUCCCCGUUCUGAUGUCAAUACUGAUAGAGACAGUAGAAAAUGGCAAAGAAGGGAGCGGCAAUGUCCCUGUGGAAGUUUUGGAUCAUUUUAACAGUUGAAUUUGGACAAUAAUUCUGUGUUGACGAUGACCCAAACUGAGCUCGGCACAUGGAAACUUCUUGUUAAUAGAUAUGAAAAACAUCUUGUUACACGAUCUGACAAAUUUAGUCAUGAUAAAUCAUUACGUGCAUACAUCCGAGUCUAAACCAGAUAUUUAUUUUUUUUCAAAGUUGAUGUCAAUUCUUGCCUGGUUGUGAAAAUAAAUUUAUCCAAAUUUGAUAGGUGUGCUAAAUAAUCAAAGAAAUUAUUCAUUCUUUGGGGUAUUUUUUCCUUUGAAAAAGUAUUUUGAGUGCCAUACAUUAGUGUUGUUACAGAACUAUGCAAGAUGCAUAAGUUUUAGGUACCUGUUUUGGUUCAUUAAUGGCAGAAUAAUUAGUUGAAAACUUAUUUAAUUUGGACCUUGAAUAUGAUUUUUAAGGUGUUUUGAUUUCAAAAUUUUAAUCAUAAGAUCAUGCUUUCGCAUUAUUGAUUUAGAGGAUUUUAUGUUUUAUUAAAAAAAAUAAAAAUAUUUUUAGAUUGAUCUUAUCCAGUACAAAACUUCUGACAAUAUAUUUUUAAGUUCGUGUUUUACAGUAGAUAUUUUAUGUGACAACCAAAUGAGAAUCUCAUUCUAUGUACUUUGUAUGGAAUGGAAACUGACUGUAAUGUAACGGAUACUGACCGGGAAGCUGUUAUUUAAUACCUGUACAUUUGUAGAUAUACUUUGUGAAUAUUGCUGUGUGUAGUCUGUCAGAAUUCUGUGUCCUCUCAUGUCUGUAUUCGCAAAACCACGUGUCUAAAUAAAGCCAUGAAGAAAGAUAA